AUAUCUAUCGGGGUACAAUAGAUCCUUAGGAUCGCGGUGCAUGGUUGGUUGCUCUGCCUACCCGAUAUGUAAUCUGUGUAAUGUAAUGUAACACUGGACUGGGUUGACUCGCUGGAUUACUGGACUAGAAUAAUGUGAACCGGGCAUAACUUAAUUGUUGCUUGCUUACAUAAAAUAUUACUGAAUCGCCCACGUAAUCAGUAAUCAAACUAAUCAAUAACUAACAAUAGAAACCAGUAUUGUCGAAAAAAAAUCAAUGACAUUAUAAAUGACAUCUUAUCCAUGGUUAUUAUAUCUGACAAGAACAUGACACAAAAACAAAAAUAUGGUUUUGACAGUUUGGGACAAUCUAAAUUCGAAAUAUGAAUAAAGUCAUCCGUAAAACUAUUUCAAUCGUCUUAACAAUACUGGUAAAUUAUUCCAUUCACUUCUUCGUGUUUGUCCUUCUUUGCAGCGACACAACACGGCCCUGUUACCUUUUUCCCUAAGGCGGGAAAGAAACGGUUCUGAUGCUGCAACGAAAUUAUGACCAGUGGCCGCCAAAGAAUUUUCAAUACCAGGAGAUCCUGAAUACGUACGGGAUGGAAUCUAAAAACAGUUUCUAUUACGACUCGGAAAUCGAAUACAUUGCGGAAAUCGUUAAAGAACGUUUAUAUUUUGGUAGUACGUACAGUGAAGGAUUUAGGACGAUACAAUCAACGACGGAAACUAUAUAUUUUUGUACAGAUGAAGAAUUCGUUUACAUGAAUUAUUACUUCGAUUUUGGUCCAUUAAAUUUAUCGUGUUUAUACAAAUUUUGUUGUAAACUUAAUUCUUAUCUUUCUUCACCUACGAUAAAAAGAAUCGUUUAUUAUGCUUCAGCCGAUGCUAGAAAAAGAGCUAACGCUGCUUACUUAAUCGGAUGCUUUGCUGUUAUUUAUUUGAAUAUGCCACCAAGAAAAAUUUAUCAAACCCUUUUAAGUGCUGGAGGUGUUUAUAAGAACUUUGUAGAUGCUUCACAAGGAGUUUCAUCUUACACGUUACGUCUUCUGGAUUGUUUCCAAGCAAUAGAAAAAGCUAGAGCAUUUAAUUUUUUCAAUUUUAAAGAUUUUAACUGUUUAGAAUACGAUACGUAUGAUAAAAUCCAAAAUGGGGAUUUAAACUGGUUGCUGCCGAGAAAAUUUAUUGCGUUUAUUGGACCUACUGAUUGUGAAUUUAUGAACGGGCAUGCACCGGAAUUUUAUCUCAAAUACUUUUUAAGAAACGAUGUUAAAAGUGUAAUUAGGUUAAAUAACAAAGUUUAUGAUGCAAACGCGUUUAUUCAAGCUGGUAUAGCUCAUUAUGAAUUGUUCUUUGCUGAUGGAACAACUCCUACAAAACCAAUCCUGAUGAGAUUUUUAGAUAUUUCCGAACAUAGUCCAGCAGCAAUUGCCGUUCAUUGUAAGGCUGGUUUAGGAAGAACUGGGUCUUUAAUAGGCGCCUACAUUAUCAAGCACUAUCAUCUUUCAGCCAGAGAAGCAAUUGCUUGGAUGAGAAUAUGCAGACCGGGAUCGGUAAUAGGCCAACAACAAGGAUGGUUGGAAAAGAUAGAACCGUGGCUUUGGAAGCAAGGUACUCAAUAUAGAAUGAACCAUUUCGGCGAUGGCGAUAAAAUCCCAAAAUUUCGUUUCGGAGUGUACAGUAAAGAAUGGCCAUUAGAACGAAAACGCAUGAUAAUAUUAGCACAAAAAAAUAUAAAAAACGCCGAAGACAAAAAGAAAUUCCGUAUGCCAUCUCCAGCACCCCCAAGGUUUACACCUCUAUCUCAAAAACCCCUCCUUAACGUUUCGAAACAAAAGCGACCGGAAUCUGAAAGAAAACGAACCGAAGCCGAUAAAGAACGUGAAUUGUACAGGUUUACUAAAUUGUUAUCGAAACCUCAAUUGCAAUUGAACGAUGAAAAUCGAAGCGAUAAUGUUAUAGUGGGAACGAAACACGUCAAUUGUCAGACGGAUAAGUUACAAAAAGGGCCGAGAAAUUUUGGGGAAAUAGACGAGUACUAUCGAAAAAAAAAACACAAAGAUAAAUUAGAAAUGGAAAAAACCCAAGGUGAUCGAUUAAACGAUAUCAAAGCGAAUCGAUUUGGCGAAACUAAAGCGAAACUUAACGGCGAAAGACCUCGUUGGCAGGAAACCGAUAAAGAAGUAUUACAAGUUAACACAAAAAAUGCUAAACAAACACCACUUUAUGGAGCCGCGUUAGAAAAAAUGUUCUCUCAAAAAUUAAAGCGACAGUUGGAUACCGCAACCCAUCAUCCAGCAGUGAAAAAUACGUUAAACUGACAAUAUCUAUUUAAAAUAUUUUAGAAUAUAUACGAAGAUGUUGUGUUCUCUAAUGUCCAUAUUGAGUAUCUCGGGUUUAUAAAGAUUUAACAUUAAAAGGACAUUUAAACAUCGUU